AACCUGGACUUCACGUAGACGAGGAAGAAGAACCUUGAAUCCGACAUUUGUUUCUUCAUUUUAAGCUAAACCUCUUCACUGGUGAAAGCAAUUUGAUGUUAUGGUUCCAAUGGAAACUCAAGAAGUUACAGAUUCUUUACCAAAAGCGCAGAGUAAAUCGGGUAGUACUCAACUAGAUGGGCCUGGAAUGGUGUCUUCAGCAAAUAUACCUGAGGUUUUGACUGAAGAUAUGGUUUGUGACACAGUGAUGCCACCGGUUUCAGUUUCCGGAGCUGCUUCCUUAGAGUUACCUUUGAAUGUAGAGGAAGCGCCGUUGAUUAGAGAAGAAAGUAAUAGAACAAGUCAUGAUGCUGAUGCCAUUUUGGUUCAAGAGUUUUCGAGUCGUUUUCCAGACCAUGCCUCUAUAUUAGAUAUUCAAGGUUCUGCUAGAUCAGAUCAGAGAGCUCAAGGUACGGGUUGUCCACCAUCUUCGUCAGUUCCCGUCCAAAAUAUCACAACAGCAGCGGAGCAUUGGACUUCUACAUCGACUCCUUUAGUUAACCAUUCAGAGGAUGUCGUUGAAGGUGGUGUUCAGCCUCCUAACGUCUUACAUAGCAGAUUAACAGUCAAUGCAUCAGCGGUUACGUCUCUUCCCAACAAUCAUAUGGGACAGAGUCCUCGGUUACAUUUAUCUUCGUUCAGUGACAUAUGUGACCACGAGCUGGAGAAGCUGAGCAGAGAACAAGGGACCUUACUGAAAAGCUUUGAAGAGACGACAUUAGAGUUGAAGGCUGAACUCGAGAGGAAGAUGGCGGAAGCACGCAGUGAGUAUGAUAGGAAAUCCCAAGAGGUAGAUGCUGCGUAUAACGCUCAAGCGAAGAAGAAUGAAGCGUUAAGGAGUUUGGUUGUUAUGAACAGUCUCUUGGCGAAUGCUUACAAGUCUACUUGUCCAGUGAAGAGUGCAGCCACUGAUACUGCUACCGUAAGAGCACCCAGGAGCUCUCAACAUUCAACGCAGCAGCAGCAAGCAGUGCAAACUAACAGGCAUAUGAAUUCAACUGCUCCUCCUCGACCCUCAGUCACAGCAGCUGAACCUAUGAAUUCGGCUGCUCCUCCUCGACCCUCAGUCACAGCAGCUGAACCUAUGAAUUCAACUGCUCCUCCUCGACCCUCAGUCACAGCAGCGGAAGCUACACCUCCAAAUCUUUCAGCUCCUCUCCCGCACUGCAACACUCCUCAACCAAGUCCAAUAUCUCAGCAAGCAGCAGUAGAAUCAAACACACAGAUGCAAUCAACCGCCCUUCCUCGACCCUCUGUUACAGCAGAAGCUCGUCCUUUACAUCAACCACACAGCAACACGUCUCAGCCAAGACCAAUACCACAACAAGCAUUAGCACAAUCCAACACAAAUAUCACUUCAACCGCCCUUCCUCGACCCUCAAUCACAGCAGAAGCUCGUCUGUUACAUCAACCACACAGCAACACGCCUCAGCCAAGACCAAUACCUCAGAAAGCUUUAGUACAAGCCAACACAGAUAUCAAUUCAACCGCCCUUCCUCGACCCUUAGUCACAGCAGAAGCCCCUCCUUUACAUCAAUCAAGCUGCAAGGCUCCUCAGCCAAAACCAAUAUCUCAGCAACCAGCAGUACAAUCCAAGACGGAUAUCAUCAAUUCAACCGCCCUUCCUCGACCCUCAGUCACAACAGAAGCCCGUCCUUUACAUCAACCACGCAGCAAAACGCCUCAGCCAAAACCAGUAUCUCAACCACCAGCAAAACAAUCAAACACAGAAAUCAAUUCAACUCCCCAUCCUCGACCCUCAGUCACAUCAAAAGCUAUAUCUCUGCAAUCACCGCCCUGCAACACACCUCAGCCAAGACCACCGCCUUUAAUCUCCAACCAUACUCCAACUUCUUAUCAACCAGCUUCUGCUCCACCAGUGCAUGGUAUAGCGCGAAGGACCAUGGCACCUCAUUUAAGAUCAUCUCGAGCUCCCAACUCUGCUGCUGCACCAUCAACAUAUCCAAGGUUGGCUCAAGAACAACAAAAGCAACAACAAAAGAAGUCAAACAGUAGCUUGGUCUAUCUCUCAGAUGACGACUAGUGACAAAUCUUUGGGAGUAUAUAACAUCAGUAUAUAGUUUUUGAAGUUUCUCUUAAGGGAAUAUAUAAGUUCGAGAGGCCCUUUAAAACAUUUGAGAAUGCCUUGUACGAAGGAUCAUUUCGAAUACUAAUUUUUUGGAGAAUAUCAAGUAAGUUAACUAAAAUAUUUUUCACAAAUUUGCAGUUUAAUCAAAAUUUAUUUACAU